CAGCGCCGAGAGGGAAGAAAAUGUAUACUUGCAAGAAAACCAGGAGCAGCAGCAGCACUGGGAUCGAUCGAAAGCCGGCGGCCAAAGUUUCCAAUACCAAUAGCUCGAGCACGAGAAAUCCUUCCCUCGAGCAAGGCUAUGCUUCUAAGAGGUCUGCUUCUUUGUCUGGCGUCACCACAGAUCUUCGAAGAACCAGCCUCGAGAGCAAGCCCAGCAGCACCAUUUCCACCGGAGUUUUCAAGCCAGCGCCUCCACUUCCAGCUCUAGGAAGGCCCCGAGAUUCCAGAGUUCGUCCCAAGUUCGACCUCCGGCUAAACGAACCUCCACCACACUCGAGCAUGAUGGAGCCGGAUCAGCCAUCUUCAUCGGCUUCUUUCAAGCGAGAGGCCACCACUCCCCCAUUCGCUUGCGAGACUGUUCCUUGCAAGAACCCCGCUUGCCACCCCGGCUCAUCCGACUUCCAGGCCCCAGUGAACGACUUCUUCUUGCAGAAGAGCUGGAUCAAGGGACCCUCCGAUCCGUCCGGUACCGUCGUGAGCCUCUCGGACCGCCCCAGCCUGUGCAUGAGCGUCCACGGCUCGGAGCUGGCCGUUGGAUCCUCCGACCAUGCCAUCUACACCAUCGACGUUGGAACUUGCGGGCUCACCAGGAUCAUGCACGGGAAAUCUUACGGCCACACCGACUGGGUCACUUGCCUGGAUCAUCUGCCAGACGGAAGAAUCGUUAGCGGCGGAAUGGACAACAAGCUAUGCCUGUGGGACAAACGAGGUGUUCGAAGCAGGGACCUCAAAGGACACACUGCGUCUGUGUCGGGAGUUAAAGCCGGUGUUUUCAACCAAGGGAGUAUAGCAGUCAGUGCGAGCUAUGACAGGACUUUAAUCCUCUGGGAUCUGGGAGGACCUUCGGGGAGAGAGGUAGCAAAGCUGGCAGGACACAAGGCACCAGUCAUGGAAUUCGCAGGAACGCCGAGAGGGAGGCUUGUGAGUGGCUGCAGGGACGGGACUGUGAUACUCUGGGACGUGGACGGGAGGUCUCCCGUCUUGCAGUGCAAGAACGCUCAUAAAGGCCACGUUACAGCGUUAAAGGCAGUAGAGGAGGAGGCAGGGGACGUGUUUCUCUCAGGAGGGCAGGAUGGCUUACUUCAAGUCUGGGACUCUCGAUGCAGGCAGCCAGUCCACACUGCUUGUCUCCACAGAUCUGCAAAAGGCGUUGGAGCACUCACCUGCAUUGCAGUGGCGAAGAACACAACCUGUGGAUGUCCCCUGGUCACAACAGCAGGCGCGGACAGAGUACUGAAGGUCCUUGACGUAAGAGCGUCCUUUAAUGCGGUCUUUACUCUGGAAGAUCACCAGGAUUUUAUAUACAGCCUCUACAUGAAUGGCUCGCUGGCUUGGAGCGGUGGAGGCGACGGAUCUCUUCUGGUGCACGACGUUGAGCGCGGUAAGUGCCUCUAUGGCUUGGGAGCGAUCAAAAACGGUGCCGUGAGAGGAAUCUCUCUCGCUGGUGACGCGCAAGAGAAGCUUGUUGUCACUGGAGACGAUGGUAACGUGAUGCUGUACUCUCUUUAGUUUUCACAGAGGACCUGUGUAUAUACAAAAGAUUAGCAAGGAGAAAGCGAAGUAUAUAAACCUGUGAUGAAUGUUCUCCCAAUGUACAAAAAAUUUCUGUAAGUAACAAAAAAUGACAAGGGAGAUUAUUCAAAACGCGAUCAGAUCA